UCAUGGAAUGCUUUCACAACCGUGCAGUGGGGAACACUAUCGCUGCCCACCGCACAAUGCGCAUGCACCACUCACAAGAUCAAACAGAUGUGGCAAGAGCUUGGAACAGUGCAUACCAUGUAUAAAGAACAGCUCCGGAGUCUUCAGCAUCAGUACAGUGAUUGUUCAUGGAGCACGCUGAGUUAUUGUCAUGCUUCCAGCUUAUAGUGAUCCUUCUAUUUGCAUCUCCAGAAGAAAUCAACGGUCUGAAUGAUGAGCUCGGACACUUAUUCUACAACUUUCCAUGUCUCCCUAUCAAAGCAUAGCUGAAACAUGCGAUCUUAAGGCAAUUAGUGGGAUAGAUUUGCUCAUGCUGAUCGAGUAUAUGCUGGUGUCAUCAAACAACACAGGUAACUUGAUUUGUCUUCACUGAAGAUGGCGUAGCCAUUCUUCUGACUGAUGCAGCUGUAUUGUACACCAUCAGCCAUAUCCCAGGAGUUCCUCUGCCUGAGUUCAUAAACACCAGUACCCCACAGGCUUAAACCUUUGACCCAGCCAUUGCAGAAGCUAAGGCUGGUUUAAGACCCCUGCCAGUGGGUUGAUGCCAAGUGCCAGACAAGUCCACUCCAGCUCAAGCAACCACGUCCAAGGAGUCAAACAUCCCAUCAACCAGCACAUUCAUCACAAACCAGUCAUGUCAUACAACUCUGAAAAUUACCCAGAGCUCUCUGAAAUCCUUCUUCUUUCCCUCCUUUGAAGAUGCAGAGACUCAGGUUUCCUAUGGCCCUUGUUUUUCUACAGGUAUUCACUCCAAAAUCCUCAGCAUUCGUUGGGACGGGUGGUGGUGGAGUCUGGUUCAAUGGUAGAGGCGGUAGCACCACCGAAACACGAUCAUCCUACCCUCAAGAUCCCAAUGGCAACAGAGAGUACACAGCUCUUCAAGCUUGGAGAUCAGCCAUGACGGAUGACCCAUAUGGGAUCCUUGCAAGUUGGCUUGGCCCUGAUGUCUGCUUUUAUAGAGGUGUAUUUUGCUCAUACGCGCCUGAAGUCCCCAUCUUUGCAUCCUUCAGAGUGGUCUCAGGAAUAGAUCUCAACCAUGCCAACCUCGAAGGUUCCUUGGUGAAGGAGCUCGCCCUGCUCGACCACCUCUCCUUUCUCCACCUCAACAGCAACAGGUUCUCAGGCACAGUCCCGGACUCCUUCAGAGAGCUCCACUACCUCUCGGAGCUGGAUCUCAGCAACAACCGGUUCUCAGGCCCCUUCCCCACUUCCACGCUUCUCAUACCAAACCUCAUCUACCUGGACCUCAGGUUCAACAGCUUCUCCGGCGAAGUCCCGGAUGAGCUCUUCGUGAAGGACUUGGAUGCCAUUUUCCUCAACAACAACCAGUUCGGAGGUCAGAUCCCGAUGACCCUUUGGGCCUCCCCGGCCUCCGUCAUCACCCUCGCUAACAAUCAGUUUUCUGGGUCCAUUCCAUUCAACUUCGGAUACAUGAGCUCCAGGAUCAGAGAGGUUCUCUUCCUCAACAACAAGCUGACAGGCUGCAUUCCAGAGGGGGUCGGAUAUCUAACCGACGUAGAAGUGCUGGACUUGAGCUUCAAUUCCCUCGCAGGCCAUCUUCCUAGCUCGCUGUCAUGCCUUUCUGAGGUUGAGGUCCUCAACAUCGCUCACAACCAGUUCUCGGGGGAGUUACCGGAGCUGGUCUGUGAUCUGAGGAGCCUGGCAAACCUCACUGUUGCAUACAACUUCUUUUCCGGGUUCAGCCUGGACUGCGCGAGACUCUUCUUCAGGAACGUGUGGUUUGAUUUCUCCGGGAACUGCAUUCCUGGGAGCGACAUGCAGCGGCCUCCACCGGAGUGCAUGGGGAUUCCGGGAGGCGGGCUUAGCUGCCUCAGGAUACCCUCAACGAGGCCUUUGGCUUGCGCAGGGAGCAUGGGGCAGAGGGACGGGAUGAACAGGGUCCCCUACACAUUUCCUUCACUUCCAUAAGCUCUGUGGACCGUGACAGGACAUGACUGCACGCCAUAGCUGAUCAUUCAAUGAAGGGAACAAGUUAUUUGUAUGCUAGUGAUUCAUGCUCUCUUAAAAUAUUUUGAGGGAAGAAGCACAGUAGUACUUUACUUGCUGCCUUUCGGUGGCUUUAGAUCAAAUGUUUCGGUAUUAGGAGGUUGGCACAGUAAGUACCAGCAUGGUUUAGACUAAUUCUAAUAAGAUUAACCAUCCUUUACUGAUGCUAUCAUUUCUAGUGGAUGAACUCUUUAUGAAGGCCACCAUAGGGUGGAA